CGUGUUGCAGAGCAACAGAAUCAACCACAUUUUUCAAAAAUCCCAGCUGGUAUCACCACCACUCACGAGCUGCAAUGGGUGAAGAAGAGACGCCAAACCAAAAUUCCUAUGGAAAUUCAUCUAUCUACAACUUUGCAAGUACUGACUUUGAAGCUGCUGCUCGAGAAGCCGUGCUUCGUGAACAAGAAAUUGCCACCCAGAAAAUCAUUCAAAGUCACAGGGAAGAAGGAGUUGUAGGUGUAGCUUCUAAGGAUGGUACGGACAUUUUGGCGGACCGAUGUGACCCCAGUGCUUUAAAAGAGCAUCUACUGAAGAUGACCUCGGAACAUCGUGCAGAAACGGCAUUAAAGCGUGGGAAGCCUGUGAUUCCUGAACAAGGUAACAUAGAAAUAGGAAAUGGGUAUGGAGUACCAGGUGGAGGUGCUUAUUACAAUGCUCCUAGGCCUAAUAGAAGUUUGGCAGUUGGAAGUGAUGAGAUGGUUCCAAAAAAUUCUGAACUUGAUAGAGAGUCAGAGCAGAAGCCUGUCACUAAAGAAUUGCCCGAGUAUCUUAAGCAGAGAUUGAGAGCAAGGGGUAUUCUUAAAGAUGACUCAAAAAAUGGCGAUCCUGUAAAUAAUAAUAAGUUGGAGAUGUAUUCAGCUCAACCUGUUGAGAGAGGAAAGUUGCCUCCUGGAUGGGUGGAGGCAAAAGACCCUAACAGUGGUGCUUCAUAUUAUUACAAUGAGAGUACAGGGAAGAGUCAAUGGGAAAGACCUGGUGAAACAGUUUCUGUUUGUCAGAAGUAUUACUACAAUACGAAGACCCAUGUAUCACAAUGGGAGCACCCUGGUUCAUCACAACCAGUUACGUCUCAACACACUGACAACGCCGUGUCCAGAAAUGCAGCUAAUGGGAUAUGGGAUAACCAAUCACCUGAGCUAGAGAAAUGCAUGCACUGUGGUGGUUGGGGAGUAGGCCUUGUUCAGAUGUGGGGUUACUGCAAUCAUUGCACACGAGUUCUCAAGCUUCCACAAUCCCAAUAUCUGCCAGGCAGGUUGAAUAACCAGCAGCAGAACAGCACCUUAAAUGCCAAAGAAGAAUCUGGCAAAAAGGUUCCCAAGCAGAGGUCCAAUUGGAAACCUCCUAUGGGAAAAGGUAAUAGGAGAGAUAGUAGGAAACGUGCAUAUGAUGAGGAUGAUGAACUAGAUCCCAUGGACCCAAGCUCUUACUCAGAUGCACCCCGUGGUGGCUGGGUUGUAGGCCUGAAAGGAGUGCAGCCCCGAGCAGCUGAUACCACUGCCACGGGUCCUCUAUUUCAACAGCGUCCCUACCCAUCACCAGGAGCUGUCUUGAGGAAGAAUGCUGAAAUUGCUACACUGUCCAAGAAAGGUGGCUCUAAUUUUUCACCUAUUUCCAAGAAAGGGGACGGGAGUGAUGGACUUGGUGAUGCUGACUGAGAUUUUGAUUGGGUAAACUCUCAUAUUUGGUUCUACAGUCUUCAGUCCAUUGGAGCCUUGUGCUAUAUGCUGUCUCGAUUUUGUCUAUGGUCAAGCAAAGGAUUUAACCCUUAUACCUGCACUGAAUGUUGAUAAACAAUAGACAAGCUUGUCGCCUGAGCAUUAAUGGUGACAAUCAACAAUGGAUAUUAAUUCGGAUACUCAAAUGGACGAACUUUUGAGGGAGGGUUUUUGUAUGUAUUUGUUGGGUGGCUGAUGCUUUUCAGCAUCUUGGCUUCAUCAAAUGGUGGAACGUGUCGAAUUUGACAAAUGUUUGACCUUUACCAUCAGCAUGUUUGCUUAUAAGAUAGGGCAGAAUCAGAAAUAUUUGGCUUGGCAAUGACAUGUUCUAUGGAGAUAGCGUUGUAAGAAGAGAAGAAAACAUGAAGGAAAAGUAUAUUUGAGUUUCACUCAAAAUUUACUAGUCUAUAAUUUAGAAAAAGAACUAAUAUUUGCAUAUUUAUAGCUGUAGUUCAUAGAUUAGUUUGGGAAUUCUGUAAAGGACUAUAAAUUUUUUUCUAGUGGAAAAAGUGUAGAACUCAACUAAUGUGAAUAGUGAUAUGUUAACAGAA